CUCCAACCCCACCACUUCCACCUUCUCUUCCACCAUCUCCACCUUCUUCCCCACCAUCUCCAACUUCUAUAAAACUUGAGAGAGAGAGAGAGAGAGAGAGAGAGAGAGAGAGAGAGAGAGAGAGAGAGAGAGAGAGAGAGAGAGAGAGAGAGAGAGAGAGAGAGAGAGAGAGAGAGAGAGAGAGAGAGAGAGAGAGAGAGAGAAGAAGAAGAGAGAAAGCUCACCUGAGCUCUUCGCCGGAUCCACCACACGCCAGGACGUCGUCAAGCUCGUCACCACCAUCAUCCGCAACCAAAGACUACCAUCGUGUUCCUCUCGUCGAGACGAAUCCGUGGCCACCAAAAACGCCUCAAUCGGAGUCCGGACGAAGCCGCACGCGCCUCCGGAAGUUUCGCCUCUGCGCGCGUGAGGUACACGCGCCGCCGCCGGAAAACGUCGCCACCGCCGGACCACCGUCCCCCGCCGCCGGAAUAUCCGCCGUCGCCGCCGUUGACCGUCGCCGGUAACUCGCCGGUGACUCGGUCAACUCGUCCGAGUCAACUCAGUGAGUCAACUCGGUUGACUCGGUUAACCACUGGUUUGACCGGUUUAAAUUGAUUUCGUUUCGGUUAGGGUAAACCAGUCGGUUUAGUCAAAUCGAUUUCUGGUCAAAGCUUGACCGGGUUGACUUUGACCAACGAGUUGACUUUUCCGUAAAUACCCGUUUUAAACCGUUCGAAAGGCGUUCUGACUCGAAAUUUCGAUCUGAUUUCAGAUUUGGAGUCCAUUUGAGCAGCUGGAGGUCAUAUAUACCACUUCUCUUCAUUGCUAAGGUGAGACCGACGAGCAGGAGUGAUUAUCGGACCGGUGCUAUUGGGCUUUUGGGCUUCUAUCGCUUUUACCGCUUUUAUCUUUAUCGGGUCUUUAGGCCUUUGGACUUUUAUCGUUUAUGUUAUUCCUAUUUCAGACUUUCGGUUUAUGUCGUAUUUUAUAUUUCGGAUGUUAUCGUUAUCGGGCCUUUUGGCGUUAUGCUAUCGUAUUGACUUUUAUAUUAUGGUGGAAAUUAUUAUUAUUAUUUGAGUUGUAUUAUUAUUUUAUUUCCGCUUUUAUCAAUUUAUUAUAUUUCGAAAGUGGUGGGUGCCACAAUUUGGUAUCAGAGCUAUUUAUUUAUCGUAACAUUUUAUUAUGUAAAUCGGGGUGUCACAAUUUGGUAUCAGAGCGGGUUCCGUCCCGGCUCCGACCCGGGAUGGCGAUUUUUGGAGACCUGGUUUUAUUCGGUUUUGACGGUUUUAAACGAUUUCAAAAUAUUUUCGGGGAUUUGGGAAUUUUGAAAAUAAAAAUAAAUAGCAUCUUUCCGUUCGAUAUUACUUCUCCUUAAAUGUUGGUAUCCAAAGUUCAGCGUAAGUUAACUUUUCGCUUUCCUUUUAGAUGCCGCCAAGGAGAAGAACCACCCGUGCCCAGACCGCCAGAGCCGUUAGAGACAAUGUAGAUGAGCAUGAGCAGCCCGCAGUUCCACCACCCGCGGCUCCACCAGUUGAUCAGGAUGCAUUGAGACAGAUGGUUCAGGAUGCCGCUAGACAGGCCGCUCAGGAGGCACUUCAGCAGAUUGCCCAGGAGGCAGCCAGGCAGGCCGCUCAGGAGGCCGCCCGAGUAGCUGCUCAGGAGGUUGCUCGUCAGAUGGCUGCCGUUCAGCAGGGUCCUCAGGUUCAGGUGCAGCAGGGUCCGCAGAUUCGGGUUCAGCAAGUUCCACUGGUUCAGGUCCAACAUGAUCAGCAUGGUCCAGUUCAGCAGUUUGCUCAUGGUGUUCAGGAUCUACCGCCACCACCACCGCGACCUCAUGUUUACCCGGUUUAUGAUGAGAGGUUCUACAGGCUGACAUGUCAGAUGAGAAACAUGGAGAUGGAGCAUUUUAGCGGAACAGUGGAUGCUGUAGCUGCACAUGAUUGGAAGUUAGCCUUGCAGCGGAAGCUGGAGAUUAUUGAGUGUCCACCAGAGUUGUCGCUCAGAUUGACUAUGCAGUACCUUCGUGGAGAUGCUCUUAUAUGGUGGGAGGGAAUACGAUUGAGUCACUUUGGGCCAGAGAGGCUUACCUUCGCAGACUUCAUCCGAGAGUUCGAUAGGAAAUACUUUCCGAAGGAAGCUAUGGAUAGGAAGAAAUGCGAGUUCGAGCAUGUAAGUCAGGGUAAGAUGUCUAUCAGGGAGUAUGAGGUUGUGUUUAACCAACUUCGCAGGUUUGCUGGAGAGGGCAUUUUAGAGGAAGACCUGAUGAGGAAAUUUUUGAAUGGGAUGCGAGUAGAGAUUCGUAACAGGUGCCGUGUCGCCACUUAUCACAGAUUGGGAGACUUGGUGGAGAAAGCUGCCGAGCAGGAGGCAGGUUUGGCAGAGGAGCAGAAGUACACCAAGGCAGAUCAGCCUAAGUUUGGAGGGACUUUAGAGGCACAGCAGAGGACAUGGGACAAACCGAGCAUACAAUGCUUUUAUUGUGGAAAGAUGGGACAUAAGAGUAGGGUUUGUCGGAGUAGGCUAUUUGAUGCCCAGGUUGCGCCACCAGUAGCGGCAGCAGCACCAGUAGUGGAUGUUAGGAACUGUUUUGGUUGUAACCAGCCUGGUCACAUUUUCAGAGACUGUCCGAGGAGGGGUAAUGCAGCGCUUCCACCACCACCGAAGCGUUUAGCCAUCGCUCCACGUGUGUUUACGGUUGGAGAUCCCCAGGGAGCUGAGCCGAUAGCGGGUAUGUUCUUAUCAUACUUGCUUGUGUUAAUAUUUGUGGUUUUGUGGUUAUCUUGUAUAGUUCGAGAUUUGUGAAUCUCGUGUAUGAUUGGUUGUGGUUGGUGUGAGUUACCUCACAGCUUAUUUGACUUAAGAGCUUUUCAUAGUUUUGUGAGUUCGCGUUUGGUUAAGUUUUAGUCUUUUUAGGGGGAUCUUCUAACCGAAAGAUAAGCAGAUUUAGAUUGUUGUUAUGGAGAGCUUGUUGUUAUGGAGAGUUUGAGAGCGAUCAGGAAUUCAUCGUGAUGUACCUGUUAUCAUUUUAGUAUUAUGAUGGCACCGUCGAAGUUUUAUGGUGGGUCUGGUCGUACACCACUUUGUUGGACCAAAGUGGGGGAGCAAUAUGAGUUAGAACUAUUAAUGGUUCAAGAGACGGUAGAGCAAAGGAUAUGCUCAAGGAUUGGCUUUCGGAAGCCCAUGACGUCAGAGGAAUUAUGCAGCUAAGCACCGUAAGGAUUUAGAGCUACAUAUGGGCAUACCUUAAAAUAAGGACAUUUCAGGAGGAGCCUAAGACUCAGAAGAUAAAGGAGCUUAAACCGAGAUACAUGGAAUUGUAUCCUGCACUGGAGUGGAUUGGAUUAGUUGCUUGCAGUUACUUUAUCAGCAGUAUAUCAGCCUUCUAGGACUUGGUUCAUAUGACAGCAUUGCAAAAGUUGAGAAGGCGCUAUAAUUAUUUUGCAGUUGACGUCAAGUGAGUUCAUAAAGAUUUUAUGGACCUUAUCAUCUAUUGAAGAUUUUGGAUCAUCAAGAGAAAACAGUUCGGGGAAUAUCGACUGUGUUUGUCCGAGUUCGUUGGGGAGGGAGAUAAGACUCAGGAGGAGACCUGAAAAGCCGAGCGACGAUUAGUAUUCGAGGUUUUUCUAUGAUGACAUUGGGCACGUCAACUUAUGACAUGAAUUCGGGGACGAAUUCCUUAUAAGUGGGGGAGAAUUGUAAUGACCCACCACUCCCACCAUCUCCACUUCUUUCUCCAACCCCACCACUUCCACCUUCUCUUCCACCAUCUCCACCUUCUUCCCCACCAUCUCCAACUUCUAUAAAACUUAGAGAGAGAGAGAGAGAGAGAGAGAGAGAGAGAGAGAGAGAGAGAGAGAGAGAGAGAGAGAGAGAGAGAGAGAGAGAGAGAGAGAGAGAGAGAAGAAGAAGAAGAGAGAAAGCUCACCUGAGCUCUUCGCCGGAUCCACCACACGCCAGGACGUCGUCAAGCUCGUCACCACCAUCAUCCGCAACCAAAGGUAAUCGAAAACCGCCAUGUUUUUGAGUUAAGUUUCGGCCGUUUUAGUAAAUCGACCAUAACUUUCUAACCAUGAUGAAUCUCGUGAAUCCAAGACUACCAUCGUGUUCCUCUCGUCGAGACGAAUCCGUGGCCACCAAAAACGCCUCAAUCGGAGUCCGGACGAAGCCGCACGCGCCUCCGGAAGUUUCGCCUCUGCGCGCGUGAGGUACACGCGCCGCCGCCGGAAAACGUCGCCACCGCCGGACCACCGUCCCCCGCCGCCGGAAUAUCCGCCGUCGCCGCCGUUGACCGUCGCCGGUAACUCGCCGGUGACUCGGUCAACUCGUCCGAGUCAACUCAGUGAGUCAACUCGGUUGACUCGGUUAACCACUGGUUUGACCGGUUUAAAUUGAUUUCGUUUCGGUUAGGGUAAACCAGUCGGUUUAGUCAAAUCGAUUUCUGGUCAAAGCUUGACCGGGUUGACUUUGACCAACGAGUUGACUUUUCCGUAAAUACCCGUUUUAAACCGUUCGAAAGGCGUUCUGACUCGAAAUUUCGAUCUGAUUUCAGAUUUGGAGUCCAUUUGAGCAGCUGGAGGUCAUAUAUACCACUUCUCUUCAUUGCUAAGGUGAGGGCUAUUCCGUUAAAUCCCGAGCUAGUUUAGUACUACCAUUAUGGAAAGUUUAGUUUCGAAACAUGAUCCGUCUUUGUGAAUCGAGUCUAUUUGAGAGUCUUGCUUGUUCAUUAUUGAUAUUGAUUGUUAACUGGAAUUAGGAUAAUAGAGGAUUCAACGAUUGUGUGAAAUGAUUGAUGCUAAGAACUGCUAUAUAUAUGUAUAUACAUAGUUAUGAGUAGGGACUAUGUGAUGAGGGCGUGAGUUCAGAGAUGUCUGAGCUUCGACGCUACGGUGUGAUAUGGGCGUGAGUUCAGAGACGUUUGAGCUUCGACGCUACUGUUUGGGGCGUGGUGCAGAGACGUUUGCAUUCGACGCUACGAUGGGCGGGGGUACAGAGACAAACUGUACUAGCGACGCUUCGAGUAUAUGUAUAUAUCCGUAUGAGGAGAUGCGUGGUGCAGAGAGUAGCUAUGUACUAUAAGCGCAUGAGUUGUAACGGCUAGUCCUCUAGCCGAAUAUUGAUUAUUAUGUGUGGUGUAAUAGGCACCGUGUUUGUUUCAUGCUAGAGCUAGGCCUACAUUUUAGUAGUGCUAUGAACUCAGUCUGUGGUUUGCGGUUUAGCAUCCCAUACCUCGCUGGGCAACUCCCCUGUUGCUCACCCCUCCUUCUUUCCCCCUUUCAGGUGAGACCGACGAGCAGGAGUGAUUAUCGGACCGGUGCUAUUGGGCUUUUGGGCUUCUAUCGCUUUGACCGCUUUUAUCUUUAUCGGGUCUUUAGGCCUUUGGACUUUUAUCGUUUAUGUUAUUCCUAUUUCAGACUUUCGGUUUAUGUCGUAUUUUAUAUUUCGGAUGUUAUCGUUAUCGGGCCUUUUGGCGUUAUGCUAUCGUAUUGACUUUUAUAUUAUGGUGGAAAUUAUUAUUAUUAUUUGAGUUGUAUUAUUAUUUUA